AUGCUUCGUUUAGGGUCUCUAAGGACAGGACUCAGUGCAAGAGGGGUGAAGAACUUACCAGUGCUCCCCAGAAUUGCAUUCAAGAGGUUUUACAGUGAAGAGAACAAAGGGGAUAGGAAUAACGACAAGAAUAAGAGUGGUAACAAGGAUAAGAAGGACGAUGGCAAGAAGGGUGAGGAUUUCAAAACUUUGGGUCAGUACUUGAAGUCGAGAGAAUUUGCCAAGACGGUUUACUGGACUAUAGGAUCGGUUGCGCUGAUUGAAAUCUUAUCGCCCGGUUCACAGGAUGACAAAGAACCACAGGCGUUGACUUUCCAGGAUUUCAAGACCAAAUACUUGGAGAAGGGACUAGUUAAGAAGCUUUAUGUGGUGAACAAGUUUCUAGUGGAGGCUGAGUUGGUACCGCAAGCUUUGGCUAAUGCUACUGGGGGAUUUUUCCAGCAGGCUCCGAUAGUAGCGUUUACGAUUGGAUCCGUCGACGUCUUUGAGGAACAGAUGGAUGCGGUGCAAGACAGGUUAAAGAUUCCGGUGGAGGAGCGUAUUCCAGUUAGUUACGUGGAGAGGGCUUCAGUUCUGCAGUACUUAUUCCCAUUUGUACCAACGAUUAUUCUAUUAGGUGGGUUGUGGUUUAUUACUAAGAAGAUGUCCGGGGGUGCCAGUGGUGGUGCCAGUGGCUCUGGUGGUCUUGGCGGAAUGUUUGGUGUUGGUAAAUCAAGAGCUAAGCUUUUCAACAAGGAGACUGAUAUCAAGGUUAGUUUCCAGGAUGUCGCUGGUUGCAAUGAGGCCAAGCAGGAAAUCAUGGAAUUUGUACAUUUCCUAAAGAAGCCUGAGAAGUACACUGCGUUGGGCGCUAAGAUUCCAAGAGGUGCGAUUUUAUCUGGUCCACCAGGUACUGGUAAGACGCUUCUGGCUAAGGCUACAGCAGGUGAGGCCGGCGUACCGUUCUUAUCAGUGUCAGGGUCUGAGUUUGUAGAAAUGUUUGUUGGUGUUGGUGCUUCUAGAGUUCGUGAUAUGUUUGAACAGGCAAGGCAAAUGGCCCCCAGUAUUAUCUUUGUUGAUGAGAUCGAUGCCAUCGGUAAGGAAAGAGGUAAAGGUGGUGCCAUGGGUGGUGCUAACGAUGAAAGAGAAGCGACCUUAAACCAAUUGCUGGUAGAAAUGGAUGGAUUUAGUACAUCCGAUCAAGUGGUCGUUCUAGCCGGUACCAAUAGACCCGAUGUCCUGGAUCCAGCUUUAAUGAGACCUGGUAGAUUUGAUAGACAUGUACAGAUCGAUUCACCCGAUAUUGAAGGACGUAAAGCCAUCUAUUUGGUUCAUCUACACGAUCUGAAUCUAGCGCCUGAAUACACCGAAUCCAAAGAACAAAGGGAAUUGUUGGCGGGUAAGCUAGCCGCGUUGACUCCUGGUUUUGCAGGUGCUGAUAUUUCCAACGCUUGUAACGAAGCUGCAUUGAUUGCCGCCAGACGUCAAGCUGCCCAUGUAACUUUGAAACAUUUCGAACAGGCUAUUGAGAGAGUCAUUGCAGGUUUAGAGAAAAAAUCAAGAGUUCUUUCGCCCGAAGAAAAGACAACGGUUGCGUACCAUGAGGCUGGCCACGCAGUUUGUGGUUGGUUUUUACAGUUUGCAGAUCCAUUACUAAAAGUCAGUAUUAUACCUCGCGGCCAAGGUGCUCUUGGAUACGCUCAAUACUUACCAUCAGAUCAAUAUUUGAUUAGUGAAGAACAGUUUAAACACAGAAUGAUUAUGGCACUUGGUGGUAGAGUCUCAGAAGAAUUGCACUUCCCAUCUGUGACAAGCGGUGCACACGAUGACUUCAAGAAAGUAACACAAAUGGCAGAUGCCAUGGUUACUUCUCUAGGGAUGUCUAAGAAGAUUGGCUAUUUGUCCUACGACCAAAGUGAUGACGGUGGCUUGCAAGUUAAUAAGCCAUUCAGUGAAACGACGGCCAGAAAUAUUGAUUCCGAAGUCAAGAGAAUUGUUAAUGAAGCACAUGAAACUUGCCAAGAAUUGUUGUCAAGACAUUUGGACAAAGUGGACAAAGUCGCCCAAGAAUUGCUGAACAAAGAAGCAAUAACUAGAGAAGAUAUGAUUAGACUCUUAGGACCAAGGCCAUUCCCAGAACGAAACGAAGCCUUCGACAAGUAUUUGGAUCCAAGGAAUGCUAACGGCGUGAAACCAGCGGUUUGA